GCGGGGCAUCGGCUUUCUCCUGGCCGCGCGGCCCGCGGGCUGGGAGCCGGUCGCCCGGGCUGGCAGCGACACCCUGUUCCGGAGUAAAUAAGGGGGAGUCUCCCCAGAGCACCGUCACCGGAGUCCCAGGGGGCGGGGAGCCGCGCGCGCCGCCCGCUCAUGUCUCUGCGGAGCCGAGUGCCCGGCCGCCUGGCUCAGCUGCGCGCAGCGGGGCAGCUCUUCCGCGCCCCGCGCCCCGGGCCAGGCACCUCCGCGGGGGCCCCGCGCACCCGCAGCAGUGCCUACGGCCCCCGCGCGCGGACCCCGGCGGGAGUUGAGGCUUGGGGGGCGGCGGCGGUGGGGCGGAGAGCUGGGGUGCGCACUUGGGCGCCCCUGGCCAUGGCGGCGAAGGUGGACCUGAACACCUCCACCGACUGGAAGGAGGCGAAAUCGUUUCUGAAGGGCCUGAGCGACAAGCAGCGGGAGGAGCACUACUUCUGCCAGGACUUCAUCAGGCUGAAGAAGGUCCCCACUUGGAAGGAGACGGCGAAAGGGCUGACCGUGAAGGUGGAGGAGCCCAAGUACAAGAAGGACAAGCACCUCAACGAGAAGAUCUCCCUGUUCCGCGGUGACAUCACCAAGCUGGAGGUGGACGCCAUCGUCAACGCCGCCAACAGCUCCCUGCUCGGAGGUGGUGGCGUGGACGGCUGCAUCCACCGGGCCGCCGGGCCGCUGCUCACCGACGAGUGCCGGACCCUGCAGAACUGCGAGACCGGCAAGGCCAAGAUCACCGGCGGCUACCGGCUGCCCGCCAAGCAUGUCAUCCACACGGUGGGGCCCAUCGCCCACGGAGAGCCCAGCGCCAGCCAGGCCGCCGAGCUCCGCAGCUGCUACCUGAGCAGCCUCGACCUGCUGCUGGAGCACCGGCUCCGCUCGGCGGCGUUCCCCUGCAUCUCCACCGGCGUGUUUGGCUACCCCAACGAGGCGGCGGCGGAGGUGGUGCUGGCUGCACUGCGCGAGUGGCUGGAGCAGCACAAGGACAAGGUGGACCGGCUGAUCAUCUGUGUGUUUCUGGAGAAGGAUGAAAACAUCUACCUGCAGCGGCUCCCCCACUACUUCCCAGUGGCCUGAGGCCCCCGCCGCACACCCUGACCAGGACGGCCUCGCCGGGGCCUGCUGGACCUCGCUCCCAGCUCUGAGAGGUGGCUGAAGCCUGCAGCUGGGCCUGGUCACCGUCCUUUCCCUCAGCCCCUGCCCCUCGGGAGCCUCCUAAUAAAGACCACCUGUUGCA